GUUGAAGGGAGAGGGUAUACUUGAGGAAAAACAAGGGAAACUGAUAUGUAGACUGACUGUUGUGUCCCUGUUUUGAAGUACCGAGAGUUAACCCUACGUCGGAAGAUCCACCGCGUGCAAAGCAGAGAGUGUCAUUUCUAAGAAUAAUGGCGCGUAAAGCAUUCAAGUUUGCACCACCUAAAGAUGUUAUUAGCAGCAUGCCGGAUAAUGUGGUAACUCAUAUUCUAGAUCGUUUGCCAAUACAAGAUGCGGUGAAUACCAGUAUCUUGUCGAGAAACUGGAGGUUUAAGUGGACUUUGCUUGGCCAACUUGUAUUUGAUGAAAACUUCCUUAAGUAUUUAGCAAAAAGAAAUGGCGUUAGUAAGUUUGGGAGAAUUAUAAGUAGGCUUCUUCUUCAUCUUAAAGGUACCAUAACAAAGUUUGUCCUCUCCAUAGACAAGCGAAGUUACUCCGCAUUGGAUGAUGAAGAUAUUGCAUAUUGGAUUUUGUUCUUGUCUAGAAAAGGAGUUGAGGAUCUCACUAUUACAAAGACGAAUGGGGAAGCACUUAAUUUGCCUUCCAAUCUCUUCUCUUGUUUAGAGCUGAAACAUUUGAAGCUUCGUUACUGUUUCUUCAAACCUCCAACUAGCUUUCAUGGUUUUCCGAAACUAUUGAACUUAGACUUGGAUCUGCUAGAUUUUGAAACUGAUAAAUUCGGGGAAUUCAUUACUCAGUGUCCCUUACUCGAGAUUUUAAACAUGCGUAAUCAACAUCACUUACUUGAGACUUCAAGCAUGGAUUAUUAUUUUUCCGUAGGCAAAGCAAAACUAGUUGAUAUUGCAAAACUUGCAAAUAUCAAAAGAUUAUCUUUGUCAUUGUCUGAUACUGAGAUGGUCAGAGAUUCCAGCAGUAUCUUUGAACUUGUGGGUUUCUUCCCAAAACUCCAAGAACUUAAUUUGGAUUUUGUAAGAUACAAGCUCACAAAAGACAGUGCUAAUAAGAAAUGCACUACCGCCUUUCCCUGUCUCAAAACUCUUAAAUUAUCAACAAUAGAUGUAUAUGAUGGUUUGCUGUUAUCAUGUGCUCUUGAAUUAAUUAGGAGCUGCCCGAAUCUGCAAACCUUUGAAAUCUUAGCAAAUGAUUUGGAUCGUGACCCAACAUAUGCAAAAUGUUCUCCAUAUGUAGACUACAACGCAACGGGGCUGCUGCAGCUUCGAAGUGUUGACGUUUCAGAUGUUAAGGAUUCAGUGAUUGAGGUAUGUUUGAUCAAGUAUUUACUUGCUAGCUCUCCUUUCCUAAAAAGGUUUGUCGUUCGUCCCUCCUCGCACCUAUCGUCUGAUGAAAAGUUGAGGCUUGCUAGGAAGUUGUUGAAGCUCCAUCGAGCCUCCCUCACUGUUGAAAUCGAUCUCCUCUAAUUUACUUUUCUUGAACUUGUCUUUUAUUUGCUGCGCAUUUGUAUGACUUUAAGAACAGGACAAAGUGUUUGUUUAAUCUAAUCAAACCGGAUUGUUGAAUUG